GUUAUCUCGGAUAUUGUCAAAGUGUUAUUUUUUUAAUGUUUUGACGUUUUGUUCUGUAAUAAAAACACAAUAAUACAACCUCGUUCUGUAGUUAACAAUCACUUUAUAUUCUUGUUUGAUAUGCCGUUUAUUGUGCUUCCCGGCUCCUCAAACCGUUGACACGUUUCAUCAGCAUAGAAUAAAGAGAAGUUGCUUGUCAUGAGAUCAUUGAUCAUCGAGUGGUGACAACUUCUUUGUGGUCACAGUUUACAUGAAAUAUUGAAAUAUUUGAUUAUUUCAAUUUUCUAUAAACUGUAGUUUGUAGGAGAGUUCUGUUGUCCUGUGCCAGUGGUAUAAAACUCUUGAAUAUUAUAAUAAAUAGGUUUAUAGGUAAAAUAAUAAAAGUAAACUCGCUCAUCAAAAAAUUUGACUAGAUAUAUCAAUAGAUUUAAAAUUUUUUUUCAUUGUCGUAACUGUUAUGAAAUAUUGAAAUGAAUUAUGAAGUCUCAAUAUUAUCACUGUGCAAUUAUACUCUUAUUUAAACUCAUAGUAAACAGCAUAGCAUCUCAAAAUGACGAUGACCAUGUUGAUUUAUCACUCUCCAAACAGAAGCAAAAAUCAAUUCAAACCUCAAAUAUGAAUAAUGCAACACAUCCCAGGAUGAUACGUCACGAAGAUGAUUUGGAACGUAUGGUCUCCUCUGAGCACAAGGCUUGUUCAAGUAUGCCAUAUCCAAGUAUCAGUUGUCAUAUGAAUACGACAUGUGUGUAUGGAAAUCAAACAAUUGCUGUAUGCAAAGCUAAUGUAGAUUGUUUGGGAGAAAAUACAUUUGCUAAAAACUUGACUUGUCGGUUUUGUUAUCAGACAGAGUUCUGGGAAUAUGAAUGUGUGAAAAAAAUCUGUAAUUCUGCUGCUUCUCCACCAACUUAUUACCGGACUAAUUGUACAGUGAACAGAGAUGUUUUGUGUUUGGGACGAAGAACAUUUUUAAAAAGAUUGCGCUGCAAUUGGACAGGUGGCCACCGGUGGUCUACUGCUUUAAUUUUAAGUAUUACUCUAGGAGGAUUUGGUAUAGACAGGUUUUACUUGGGACAUUGGCAAGAAGGCAUAGGCAAACUAUUCAGUUUUGGAGGCCUUGGCGUUUGGACACUUAUUGAUGUAUUAUUAAUAUCUAUCAGAUACCUUGGUCCAGCAGAUGGUUCUCUAUACUUGUAAGAAAAUAUUAAAAUAUUGGUUGUAAUAAAUUUGCAUUAAAUAUAUAAUUUAUAAUCAUAAAUAUUC